CAGUAAAGACUAUUUGGUAAAAUAUUUAUAAAAUCAAUCCAGGAACACCCCUGCUUUUCUUCGAAAAGAGUUAGGAAAACCUAGUCCUGCAGAAAAUUCCAAGAUAGCACAAAGGCCGCUCUUCUUCCCAACAGAGUACUUAUCGUAAAUCUUCAAGUAAUUUCCGCGGCUGUGAAAAAAAAAUGAAGAAGGCACUUGUGUUCUCGGUUGCCGCCUCCGCCGCGGCGAUCCAGGCGCCCACGCACCAGUGGAUCGGGAAAGAAGACGGGGGAAACUUCUUGGAAGUUGACGCUGGGGCGAAGAAGGUGGGCGCGGGUGGGAAGAAGGAGAUGAAGCCGGCCGAAGACAUUCGAACGGCAGCAACUACACUGUUUGUGAAAACGCCGCCCAUUUGCAAAAAAGUACGAAAAGACGGAAACGCACCAGAGAAGGCGUACGCGCCAUGCGGAUCCAAUCCUUGUUGCAGAUCACAAACAAUCGAAUGGGCUGACGAGACCUGCGUUUGGGGUGCCUGCCUCGCCCAGUAAGAGUUUGACUUUGCAAUACCAGCAGGUAUAGGCUUUUUGUUGUUCACUUAAGCUGCUACCGAGCUAAGAAAAGUUUCGCACCGGGUACUGUUUCGCAGUUAUUUAAGUAUUUUCUAGCGUUGCCGAGUCCGAUACCGAUUCCAUAUCCAAAGCUUUUUAUUGAUUUCAUUGAUCACCUUGUAUUCGAAUCUACCUGAUGGAGGUAUUCAUUUUCGCUUAAUCUCUCAUCCCUUCCCUCGAACAAACUCAGUCAAAAACUUACCUGCUUUGGGAACGAACCCGCUCGACGCACCUGAUGGUAUGAUUUUCUUCACUGCUACGUCGACCUCCAUCUAUGCCUAUCGCCCUCAGCAUUUGCGCGUCGUUUCGCGCUAACGCAGUUGCCCGCCUCACAUCCGUACUAAUAUUUGUAACCUCCUCCACAACAUUUUUGAAUGUGUACAUGCCCCCAGAGUCUCCGCUGUAAUGACAUGCCCCCGUAGCUCCCUCGCCUCUGCUACGCGAAUACAAUUCCAAAGAUGGGCAUAAGGAAUCCAGAUCGAUAAUUACACUCCACCUUCUUAUAGUCAUCCUCCCUCCCGAUGGAACAAGAGAAAACCGUUAGCAACCCCCAGCGCUGCCCAUCCCACACCCUGUCGAACAGGACUGCUAUUGAAACGUUUUCGUGCCUCCACUGAAAUCUUUCCUCAACUCGCCUUUCAUACCACGAC